AUGAAUCUAUGUGAUGACAUCACCUGUGACAUCAGCAGUGACAUUAUCCCGCAGAAUGUACAUAAUGAUAAUAAUAAUGUCUUUUAUAUCAUUUUCCAGGCAUACGCUCGCUUUGCUGGAGCUCCACUGAAAAUUCACAAGAUUUCUAACCCCUGGAGAAGCCCCACAGGUUCACUUCCUGCUCUCAGGACCAAAGAUGAAGGCAGCUGCUCUCAACCCAAUCAGAUCAUCAUUCAAUUGAGGAAACAGAAAUACAAUGCAGACUAUGAUCUCUCGGCCAAGGAGGGUGCAGACACUCUGGCCUUCAUCUCAUUACUGGAGGAGCGACUGUUACCUGCACUGAUCUAUGCUUUAUGGAUCGAUCCUAAGAACUACGUGGAGGUGACGCGCCGCUGGCAUGGAGAGAAUAUGUCCUUCCCACUCAACUUCUUCCUGCCGGGCCGCAUGCAAAACAGGCAGCUUGAGCGACUCCGCCUGAUCCGGGGAAACAGUUCACUGGAGGCUGGAGAAGAGGCAGAGGAGGAGCUUUACCAUGAUGCUCUGGAGUGCCUGAAUCUUCUUUCUCAGCGUCUGGGAUCGAACAAAUUUUUCUUUGGAGAUUCGCCCUCUUCUCUAGAUGCGUAUGUAUUUGGUCAUCUAGCUCCACUUAUUAAGAUCCGGCUGCCUAACUGCCGACUGCAGCAGAACUUGAAGAAUCUGGACAACUUGAACACAUUUUGCUGCAACAUCUUGAGCUUGUACUUCCCCAGCGAGAGUAAAGAGGGCGUCAAUCGUCCGAUGUCCAGCACACAGCAGGGGAGCGACUUUGACAACGAGCCAUACAAGAGACGCAAGCAGCUGCUGUCAGUGCUGGUCGCCGUAGCAGCGAUGUUGAGCUAUGCUCUCCUCACGGGCAUAGUAGCUAUUGAGCAUGUGCAGGAGGAGGAGCAUGUAGGCCCUGCCUCACUCAGAGGCCCCUCCCAUGAGGAAGAAGAGGAGGAGUGAAUGAGGAUGAAUGAAAGUAGGACUUUUUAGUUGCACUGGGAUGGUCACGUCUACUUGGUGGAGGAACACACAGGAACAACAUAUUGUUGGGGAUUUAUGUAUUACUUAUUCCUUGACUUGAGCUUUAAUUGCGUGAUAAUCUUUGGUUUUAUAUCUUUGUUAGACGACUUUUUUUUUUCCAUAGAGCUGCACUUGUUGCUUUAAUCUCUUGACUGGGUAUAUUCACCUGUGUUUUCUUUUUAAAUAAAAAGCAGAUCUCUUUAUAGCUACUAAUGUUAAGCUAAGUUUAGGUGAGAAAGCACUGAAAACUUAUCAUCACCAACCUCAACUUACAUUGUGUGGACCAACUGCUUUAUUACAGAGGGUUUUAAACCCUUUUGAUAGCUUUAUGAUAAUGAGAUUGAGAGAUUUACAUCUCUUAUGUGCUAUUGCCUUGUUUGUUUUGAAGCUCAGCGUUUUUCUUGUUUUAAUGCACAUUUUAUUUGCUACCUGCAUAAAUCAUCUUUUCUGCUCUGCUGUCA